GCCCAACUGACACACUCUCUGGGUACAGGUGAAGAGUCCAUCAGCAAGGCCAAACAAAGCCGGAGCGAGAAGAAAGCUAGAAAGGCCAUGUCCAAACUGGGUCUGCGGCAGAUCCAUGGUGUGACCAGGAUAACCAUCCGCAAAUCCAAGAAUAUCUUGUUUGUCAUCACCAAGCCGGAUGUCUUCAAAAGUCCUGCUUCUGACAUCUACAUUGUCUUUGGGGAAGCCAAGAUCGAAGACCUCUCCCAACAGGUCCACAAAGCGGCCGCGGAGAAGUUCAAGGUUCCUGUGGAGCACUCGCCCUUGAUCACCGAAGCGGCGCCGGCCCUCACCAUCAAGGAGGAGAGUGAGGAAGAGGAGGAG